AUGAAAUUACAUCACAAACAGUACAAAUAAGCAGAUAAAAAUUAAAAAAAUGUAAAAAUGUAAUUAUCCUAAAUAGGAACUAUUAAUUUAUCGAGAGUAAAAACAAAAUUCUAUAAUUGAUAACAGAUAAAAAUUGAUAUUUUUCGAAAAAUCAGGUUUAGAUGAAGGUCUAUAAAAAAAAACAGACCAUAUAGAAGAUUAAUUUGAAAAAGAACUUUAAUAAUAAAAUUAGAAAAAAUAAUUUCUUAUAAAUGAUGAAACAGAAAAAUACUAUAAAAUAGGGUUAACUAAAAACUAUUCAUUUAGUAGAAAAUUAGUUCCUUCAGUUAGCUAACAAUAGAUAACUUCAAAAGUGCAAUCUCCUAAAGUUUAAGGAAAUUGGAUGGAGUUUUUAUGGUAAUAGAAUGAGAAAUUGUUCGAAGAAAAUCAAAAAAAACAGAAAAUAAUUAAUUAACUUUUGGAAUUUUAAGAUAAUUCAUAAAAAAUAUCAAAAGUAUCUUCGCCAAGACUUCAAUAAUUAACUAGUUUAUAACCUCCAAAAUCCGUAGAAACAAAAAAAGUAACUCUUUAGGUUUCUAAAUUGCCUCAGAUACAUACACCAAAACCAAACUUGAAGAAUAGAAUAGAAACAAAUGAAACAGCCUAAACUCUAGAUGAAUCGCCAACGUUGUAUAAAUGUUUUUCUCCACGAGAAAUUAAUCAACAAAAUUGGAGUUUUGGAAAAUAGUUAUAUUUAGAUGAAGAGAAGAUUUAUCAAAAAUAAAAUUAAUAACAACAAUUAAAUUCACUAAAUAUUAAGUAAUUCAAAUUGACAGCCUAAAAAGAUAAAUUUAAUUAGAAAUAGUAUUCACAUCUAACUUUAAAGAUUAAAACUAAUUUUUAAAAACCUCUAUUAAAAUUACCUCAAGAAUUUCAUUUAUAAGAUUGGAAUAAAAAAAAAUAAUAACUUGAUAAUUGA